AGGCUACUGGAUCCACUCUCUUACAUAUUACCAGCAGGACUAAACAUAGAAACCAGGAAAAUAAUGGAGUGCAGUAAGAGGAAUGCUCUGGCAGGACUGGCUGUGAGCGUUGUGUCGUUGUCAGCUGAUUUCCGGGAUGCCUGGGUCUCUAUUCUGCAGACUGCUGGCUGUGUCGUCACGUCACAGCUCUCGACGGAGGUCACUGUCGAUAAAGACUUGGGUGUUGUCGUAACAGAUUGUACGUGUCCCAAAAGUUUCAUCGUUAAGUCGGAGCUAGCCAACGUACCUGUUGUGUCCACAGAAUGGGUUAUACAGUGCUUGAUAAGAGGGGAGUUUGUGGACACUAGAUCUCAUCCACGAUAUCAUCCUCAUUAUUUGGACAGGUAAAGCUGUGAUUCAUGGAUAAUGAUGUCAACUUACACGGAGAAUAAGUAAUACCAGCAUCACCUCAUUAAUGCAUAAAGCUUUAUUUCAUCGAUAUUUUUUUCUUAUCAAAUAAUCCACAUUAGGUGAGGAUUUGUUUAGGGAUGACUGAUUUUUGGAUUUUCAAAACUUCAUUAUCUACAGAGUAGGUAGUAAAUUUCCUACAUGUAAAGUAUUAUGCAAAUAUGUGUUUACCAUCACCUGCUUUAUCUUAAGGGUGAAAUUUUAAGUGGAUGAGAAAAACUGCUGUUUUCAAAAAAUAUGACGUCAGUUCGUACUUAAGCGGAAGUUGCUCAAAUUAUGCCUGUCUAUUUAUAAACUAUUUAUACAUCUUUAAGAGAGACAUUAUUUGGCUGCACAUGAUAGAUAAAUGUAAACAGUGUAAGAUUAAGAUGACACAUACGUAUUAUUCUAUGCCAUGUUUUAAUUACCUGUUCAAAAUUUAGCUGUUUUAAUAGAAAUUAUAUUUGAUUUUUGAUUUGAGUUAUUAGUGUAGGCUCAAAAUACUUUAAUUAGAAUGCUCACUUUACCACUUCAGGAUGGUAACAGGGGUGCAGUCACAUGUACUUGAUUUUUAGCUGAAAAUGUUGAGUAUGUUGAAAUGUUAUUGAUGAAGAUUUGUUGGUUUGAGUUCUUGCAUUUUGUACAUGCAAAUGUAUGGGAAAUAUUUAAUUUUUAUGUUAAUGUCCAAAAUCAAGGUUGUAAUGUUGCAAAAAGAUUACCUCUUUUUACAUUUUAUGGCACAGGCAACAUUUUGCGAUAUUAGCCAGGCAGAUGAUAGUUAUUUUUGCAUUAUAGUUAAUUGUAUCCUAUUUCUUUUAAUGCAAUAUCUAUGUAAUUGUAGCACGGAUAUUAAGUUUAUUUUUUCUCACAUGGUUAGACCAUCUAAUGAACAACCUACUCAUAUCUUUACUCUUCCAAAGAAAUGCAGUAUUUUAGUUUCAACAAUACUUAUUUUUGUCCCAAAAAUUAAAAGAAUUAGGGUAUAUUGUAUUGACUCCACAACCAACUCAAAAGAUCCAAGGUAUCUGGUUCCAUAUUAGCCAGGCUUUAGUAGGAUGGACAUAAAGCAUAUUGGUGUGUAAGAAGUAAGAAGUACAUGCACCAGUAUCCACAUCACGGAAAUGAUUAAUACUGGUGCCCUAGAUAACCUAAAAAUUUGGCCACAAAUGAGCAUUUUUGGCAAAUAAAAAUUUUUGUCAGAUAAAUGUCAUGAGAUAUUGCCUCUGGUGCUAAAAUUAAUAUUUUCUCAGUAGAAUAUCAUCCUUCCUUCCAAAUACCCCUCAAAACACCUUUCUGAAAUCAGUAGAACUCACAGUAUCUACAAAAUUGAGCAACUUAGUCAUGGACAAAGUUUUAGGUAAUUUAGGGUAGGUAAUGAAAAUCAUGUGACUUUAUAUGAUUUACAUGUACUGUUGAUCAGGUAUGAUUUCAUGCGCCAUCUUGGUACAGCAGAGUGAUUUUUGGGUGAAAAAUUACAAGAAAUUAUUUUUGAGGUCAAAAGUUAAAAGUUAAAUGUUUUAUUUCUGAGGUCAAAAGUUGAUAUUUUAUGAUAGGUCACUUCUUUAUAUUGUCAUUAUGGCCCUGGGAUCACGAAGUGACAAAAUUUUAAUCAUUAAAUUUGGUAUGUUCCUUUCCAUUAUUUUAGCAGAAAUUUAUUGUGCAUUAACAUAUCCAGAAUUUACAUUGUCAGGCAAUAUUUAGACCUUGUUACAAUAGCACAUCGUUACAAUAGCAUUUUGAAAGAGAUUUGAUAUUUUGACUUAUGUCUCCGAUCACUUGGUGAUCCCAGGGCUUGUCUAUUAAGCCCACCAUAGGAUUAAAAAAUGUCAGUAUAAUUUGGGAAGUAAAGAAAUAUUUCAGCUUUCAGUGUUGAAUCAGAAGAU